UGGAGGUUUACCAUCGGGGAGAGUGGGGGACAGUGUGUGAUAAUUGGUGGACCAUGAGUGAUGCUGGGGUGGUGUGCAGACAGCUGGGCUGUGGAGAUGCUGUAGAUGCACAAGGAGAGGCUCACUUUGGACCAGAGUCUGGGAGAAUAUGGAUGGGUGAUGUGUACUGCAGUGGAUCAGAAUCCUCACUGAAGCAGUGUGGGUCACCAGGAUGGGGUAAACAUGACUGUAAUCAUGGAGAGGAUACUGCAGUGAUCUGCUCAGAGGUCAGGCUGGUGGGCGGGACUGACCUGUGCUCUGGGAGAGUAGAGGUGCAUCAUGGGAGCUCCUGGGGCACGGUGUGUGAUGCUGACUUUGACCAGCGGGACGCAGAGGUUGUGUGCAGGGAGCUGGGCUGUGGGGCUCCUAAAGAGCUGCACGGGGCAGCUGCAUUCGGCCAGGGCGAGGGCCAGGUGUGGGCAGAUGAGAUUCAGUGUAGAGGCAACGAAUCUCAGAUUAACUUUUGCCCCAUAGCACCCUCACAGUAUCAACCCUGCACCCAUGGAAACGAUGUAAGCCUGGUGUGUUCUGGCAGGGAGGAUGUGAGGCUGGUGAAUGGUGGCAGCCCCUGUGCUGGGAGAGUGGAGGUUUACCAUCGGGGAGAGUGGGGGACAGUGUGUGGCCAUGACUGGGACAUGAGAGGUGCUGGGGUGGUGUGCAGACAGCUGGGCUGUGGAGAUGCUGUAGAUGCACUAGGGGAGGCUCACUUUGGACCAGAGUCUGGGAGAAUAUGGAUGGGUGAUGUGUACUGCAGUGGAUCAGAAUCCUCACUGAAGCAGUGUGGGUCACCAGGAUGGGGUAAACAUGACUGUAAUCCUAGAGAGGAUGCUGGAGUGAUCUGCUCAGAGGUCAGGCUGGUGGGCAGGACUGACCUGUGCUCUGGGAGAGUAGAGGUGCAUCAUGGGAGCUCCUGGGGCACGGUGUGUGAUGCUGACUUUGACCAGCGGGACGCAGAGGUUGUGUGCAGGGAGCUGGGCUGUGGGGCUCCUAAAGAGCUGCGCGGGGCAGCUGCAUUCGGCCAGGGCGAGGGCCAGGUGUGGGCAGAGGAGAUUCAGUGUAGAGGCAACGAAUCUCAGAUUAACUUCUGCCCCAAAGCAGCCUCACAGAAUCAACCCUGCACCCAUGGAAACGAUGUGGGCCUGGUGUGUUCUGGCAGGGAGGAUGUGAGGCUGGUGAAUGGUGGCAGCCCCUGUGCUGGGAGAGUGGAGGUUUACCAUCGGGGAGAGUGGGGGACAGUGUGUGGCCAUGACUGGGACAUGAGAGGUGCUGGGGUGGUGUGCAGACAGCUGGGCUGUGGAAACGCUGUAGAUGCACUAGGAGAGGCUCACUUUGGACCAGGGUCUGGGAGAAUAUGGAUGGGUGAUGUGUACUGCAGUGGAUCAGAAUCCUCACUGAAGCAGUGUGGGUCACGAGGAUGGGGUAAACAUGACUGUAAUCCUAGAGAGGAUGCUGGAGUGAUCUGCUCAGAGGUCAGGCUGGUGGGCGGGACUGACCUGUGCUCUGGGAGAGUAGAGGUGCAUCAUGGGAGCUCCUGGGGCACGGUGUGUGAUGCUGACUUUGACCAGCAGGACGCAGAGGUUGUGUGCAGGGAGCUGGGCUGUGGGGCUCCUAAAGAGCUGCGCGGGGCAGCUGCAUUCGGCCAGGGCGAGGGCCAGGUGUGGGCAGAGGAGAUUCAGUGCAGAGGCAACGAAUCUCAGAUUAACUUCUGCCCCACUGCACCCUCACAGAAUCAACCCUGCUCCCAUGGAAACAAUGUGGGCCUGGUGUGUUCUGACAGUAUAAGGCUGGUGAAUGGUAGCAGCCCCUGUGCUGGGAGAGUGGAGGUUUACCAUCAGGGAGAGUGGGGGACAGUGUGUGAUGAUGGCUGGGACCUGAAGGAUGCUGUGGUGGUGUGCAGACAGCUGGGCUGUGGAGAUGCUGUAGAUGCACUAGGAGAUGCUCACUUUGGACCAGGGUCUGGGAGAAUAUGGAUGGCUUAUGUGUCCUGCAGUGGAUCAAAAUCCUCACUGAAGCAGUGUGAGUCACUAGGAUGGGGUAAACAUCGCUGUAAUCAUGGAGAGGAUGCUGGAGUGAUCUGCUCAGAGGUCAGGCUGGUGGGCGGGACUGACCUGUGCUCUGGGAGAGUAGAGGUGCAUCAUGGGAGCUCCUGGGGCACGGUGUGUGAUGCUGACUUUGACCAGCAGGACGCAGAGGUUGUGUGCAGGGAGCUGGGCUGUGGGGCUCCUAAAGAGCUGCGCGGGGCAGCUGCAUUCGGCCAGGGCGAGGGCCAGGUGUGGGCAGAGGAGAUUCAGUGCAGAGGCAACGAAUCUCAGAUUAACUUCUGCCCCACUGCAGCCUCACAGAAUCAACCCUGCUCCCAUGGAAACGAUGUGAGCCUGGUGUGUUCUGACAGUAUAAGGCUGGUGAAUGGUAGCAGCCCCUGUGCUGGGAGAGUGGAGGUUUACCGUGAUGGAGAGUGGGGGAGAGUGUGUGACCGUGGCUGGGACCUGAGGGAUGCUGUGGUGGUGUGCAGACAGCUGGGCUGUGGAGAUGCUGUAGAUGCACUAAGAGAGGCUCACUUUGGACCAGGGUCUGGGACAAUAUGGAUGGGUCCUGUGUCCUGCAGUGGAUCAGAAUCCUCACUGAAGCAGUGUGGGUCACAAGGAUGGGGUAAACAUCGCUGUAAUCAUGGAGAGGAUGCUGGAGUGAUCUGCUCAGAGACACCCCAGGCUGUCUUGACGGUCUCUCCACAUGGGCGGAUAUAUAGAGGACAAGCUGUCAGUCUCUCUUGUGAGGUCUCAGUGCCCUCUGCUGGCUGGGAAUAUUACUGGUACAAAGGAGAUGGAUCAAGUGGCACUGCCCUCAUUGCCAGUACAGCUGAAGGCUCGUACACCCUCAGUGCUGCAGCUCUUGCACACACCGGGGAGUACAGCUGCAGAGCAGGGAGGAGCAACCCAGUCUGGUACACAGAGUACAGUCACCCUGUCUACAUACAGGUAACAGGCAGAGUGAUGUGUGGUCUGGGUGCUGCUCCUCUCCUGCUGGCCACCAUUGUACUGUGUGUGAAAUGGUACAGGAGACCAGGGCCGUCUACUGAAACAGCUGUCCGCUACACUGGAGGGAAUGUGGAAAUUGCCAUAUAAAACACACAGAGGCUGGGUCCGUGUACUCAUGUGAAAUGAGAAUGAAGUCUGAGAGCUCAGGACUCUUUUUUCAUCAUUGUGAUGUUUCUCAGCUUGCAGGAGGGGAAAUUGGGGGUGCAGUCAUGGGGGCAUUUUAGGGUAUGGGAACAGGAAGAUGUGUCUUUAGAGCUGGGCUGCACUUUUGAUCUUUGUGUAGUUAGUUUGCUUUGAUUGCUGUAUGUUUGUUCUAGGUUAGGUCACUGAACUUAAAUUGCAGUAAAUUGCAGUAAAUUGACAAAUUGACUGAAAAUGAAUAUGUAUGUCACCAUGUGUCUGUAUGUAUUAAAUUGGACAGAUGUUAAA